AAGGCCUUAGAGGUAGGUACCUAACAUACGAGCAAAGAGGUAUCUUAGAGGGACAUCCUGAAUCCUGCUGGUCCCUUGCAUCAGCCGGGGGAUCUGGCCAAGGUGACGAAAGCGGUAUGGCGUCGCGCCUCGACGGCUAGGUAGCGCCGUAACGCCGUAACAGCGACUACCUGGAGGGGGAGGGGCUGCGAUGGCGGGGCGGCGAGAUUGCUACGAUUGCCUAGGGUUCUCUGCCCAGGCUGAUUAGGGCUAAAGGUGGUGAGUAAGAAGGGGACAGGAGACAUCCAUCGCCUCCGACUAUCGCUUUGGGAAUCGAAACAUACCUACCUACAACCUCAGUCCCGUCGCAAGUCGCAGCGGCUGCAAAGCGUGUGCGAAGUGUCGACUGAGUCAUCCUCGGCCGCCGUCGGCAGAGCACCGGUCGGCAAGCCUCGAAAGCGCUCCUCUGCUAGGUAACUCACCACCUCCCUAACCUGCCUUGGGUGCCUGCGUACUGCGACGGCUAGGUACCUACCUGUUGAUACCGUUAUUUAUACUGCCGUCGAGACGAAAAUCUCUUGCUUCGUCUCUGCCACGUCUUCUGCCACUUUUCUUUCUUUCCCUCCUCCCUCGUCUACCGCUGCCUUCGCCCCCUCCGCCUCCCCACCGUCUUCCUCUCCGCUCUCUGCCGGGCCCGACCCAUUGGCCCCAACCCGCCGCUAUGGAAGCCAUAAGACAGGUGUUCCGCCGUUGCAAGGCAGAAAAUCGGGCCGCCCUGGUGGCUUAUAUCACUGCUGGCUAUCCAGAACCCGAGGAGGCCCCCGAUGUCCUACUCGGCUUGCAGAAAGGCGGCGCCGAUGUCAUUGAGCUCGGUAUACCUUUCACGGAUCCCAUCGCCGACGGCCCGACUAUCCAGUUGUCUAAUACCGUCGCCCUUACUAAAGGCGUGACUAUCGAGUCCGCCCUAGGCAUGGUUCGCGCGGCGAGAUCGAAAGGCUUGACCGCCCCCAUCCUCUUGAUGGGCUACUACAACCCGCUACUAAGUUACGGCGAGGACGCCCUCAUACGGGAUAGCAAGGCUGCCAGUGUCAAUGGCUUCAUCGUCUGCGAUUUACCCCCUGAGGAGGCCGUCUCCUUUCGGAAGCUAUGCAGCCGGGGUGGGCUAUCCUACAUCCCCCUGAUUGCCCCCGCAACGUCUGACGCUCGGAUGCGCGUUCUUUGCGCCCUCGCCGACUCCUUCAUCUACGUCGUCUCCCGCCAGGGCGUCACCGGCGCUCUGGGCACCUUGAAUACCCAUCUGCCAGACCUCCUCGCGCGUGUCAAGGCGUACAGCGGCGACAAACCUACCGCCGUCGGCUUCGGCGUGUCCACGCGGGAACACUUCCAGUCGGUGGCCUCCAUCGCCGAUGGUGUCGUCAUAGGGUCACAGAUCGUCACUACACUCCGCGAAGCCGGGCCUGGAAACGGCCCCAAGGCCGCCCGAGAGUACUGCGCCUACGUAACUGGGCGGACGACAAGCCCCGAACAAGAAGCGACCCGCGAAGUGGGUAUAAUCGAGGCCGUCAGCGGUGCUAGGGAACCUAGCGGCGAGAAGGUGACGGUUAGCGGGGUCAUUUCUGAGAGCGACGAUUCGGCCUUGGUUAAGCAACUCACUACGCUUCACGGCAAGAUCCCCGAGAAGUUCGGCGAGUUCGGUGGCCAGUACGUGCCCGAGGCUCUCAUGGACUGCCUGUCGCAGUUGGAGGACGGGUUCGUCGCCAUCAAGGACGAUGCCCAGUUCUGGGAGGAGUACAGAUCUUACUACCCCUGGAUGGGGCGGCCUGGCCACCUGCAUCUGGCCGAGCGUCUUACCGAGCAUGCCGGUGGCGCCAAUAUCUGGCUCAAGAGAGAAGAUCUAAACCACACCGGAUCUCACAAGAUCAAUAACGCCGUGGGGCAAAUUCUCCUGGCGAGGCGACUGGGCAAAACCAAGAUCAUCGCCGAGACCGGUGCUGGCCAACAUGGUGUAGCGACGGCCACAGUCUGCGCCAAGUUCGGCAUGGAAUGUACCGUAUUUAUGGGUGCGGAGGAUGUGCGUCGUCAAGCUUUGAACGUCUUCCGGAUGCGACUACUCGGCGCCAAGGUUAUCGCUGUCGAAGCGGGCACCAAGACCUUGCGCGACGCCGUAAACGAGGCGCUUCGCUACUGGGUCGUCCACCUCGAGGACACGCACUAUCUUAUCGGGUCCGCCAUCGGGCCCCAUCCUUUCCCUACCAUUGUCAGGACCUUCCAAUCGGUCAUCGGAAACGAGACGAGAGCACAGUUCCUAGAGAAGCGCGGAAAGUUGCCCGACGCCGUCGUCGCUUGCGUAGGAGGAGGGAGCAACGCCACCGGCAUGUUCUAUCCCUUUUCGAACGACCUCAGCGUGAAGCUGCUGGGCGUCGAAGCGGGAGGCGACGGCAUCCACACUACCCGACACGCCGCCACGCUCACGGGAGGGUCGAAGGGCGUCCUUCAUGGCGUGAAGACGUACGUGCUACAGAGUGAGCACGGCCAGAUCUCGGACACGCACUCCGUCUCGGCCGGGCUCGACUAUCCGGGAGUGGGGCCCGAGCUCUCGUCCUGGAAGGAUUCGGGGAGGGCCGAAUUCAUCGCCGCUACAGACGCCGAAGCCUUCACCGGCUUCCGGCUAAUCAGCCAGCUGGAAGGCAUCAUACCGGCGCUCGAGUCGGCGCACGGCAUCUACGGAGCCAUAGAGCUGGCCAAGACGAUGAAGAAGGACCAGGAUGUGGUUGUCUGCCUCAGCGGGAGGGGAGACAAGGACGUGCAGAGCGUUGCCGACGAGCUGCCCAGGCUGGGCCCCGAGAUCGGGUGGGAUCUACGCUUCUAGGAGAAAUAGGGCUGCCUGCCUUUCGACGACGACACAUCGUAUUCGAUCCUCCUUGAAUUCGGAGUUGGCACUAGGGUAUAAAAAAAAAGGUAAACUAGAUGAGAGACAUAUGUACGGUGCGUAGU